UAAAGGAAUUCGAUUAAUCAAUCGCCGAACUUUAUCAGAUAACAACUUUUUUUACUAAAACGUCACCGACGAUUCGACGAACAUCACACGAGAGGACGACGAGGACGAGGCAUUGAAAACUGGGACGGGACAUACGGUUGAUGCAUAUACCCGCACGGCCAGCAUUGUCAUCAUGUCUUGCAAAGUAACCCCCUGGGGGGCUGCAGCUGUCGUCCGAAACCUCAGCAUACGCACGCGACGACCACACACACAAGCUCUACGAGCAGCACGUCCCGAAAUACGACCUAUAAAACAAACCACCCCCUUCUUAAUAACAAGAAGAGGACUCGCAGAUGACACAACUACGAGACAACCACCGUCCGAUCCAUCAUCUGCUUUACCACCCUCGCUAUCCUUCGAACAACCACUAUCAGUAACGCCUCCACCGGAACCAACGACCGAGACGAGCGAAUAUGUACCUCAACCGCCCGAGGUCUUUGCACCCAACUUUUUAAACGCCGAGGCUUUGGAUGCACUAGAGAAGGCUGCGGCGGGUCGAGAUUUAUAUGACGAUGGUAGCGAUGGUUUACUAUUCGAUGUGCCCGGGCGCCUCGGCAAGCACGAGAAAUUGCAAGAUCGAUACCACCCCGUCGUCGAUCAGGUCACCAAGCUACUCAUGAAGGAUGGAAAACUUAGCAAAGCGCAGAGGCACACGAGUCUAAUCCUCAACUACCUGCGCACAGCCCCAACCCCCAAAAUCUCCCCCCUACGCCCCCUCCUCCCCGGCUCCCCCCCAGCCUCUCAACUGCCGCUAAACCCACUCCUCUACCUAACCCUCGCAAUCGACUCCGUCGCCCCCCUAAUCCGAAUCCGCAGCAUCAAGGGCGCGGCCGGAGGUGGUAUGGCGCUCGACGUUCCCGAGCCGAUGCCCGUACGCACAAGACGUCGACACGCAGUAAUGUGGAUCCUAGAUGCCGUUCGCAAGAAGCGAUCCAUGGGAUCCGGGCGCGCGCAAUUCGCAACGCGGUUCGCGCAGGAACUUGUCGCGGUUGUCGAGGGUAAGUCGGGAGUCUGGGCAAGACGGGAUUUAGUACAUAAGCAGGGUACCGCGACGCGGGCGAAUUUGAAUCAUCAUGCUUUGAGGAAGAGGAAAUAGGUGAUUGGUAUCUUCAGAUAGGAAGCUAUGCUAA